AUGAGGGGACUCAGUGCUGGAGGCAUCACCRAGUACAGACCAACUCCAGAUCCAGAGCUGGGCAGGAGACRGAAGGGGGCCUUCAGACCCCUGCAUUAUGGGACACUCCUGUGCAGCAGAGUUUGUGUCAAAAUUGCAGCAGCUGCCUGGGCCAUUUUGUUUCUCAAUGCUCUCCUGCACACAGGGAGCACAUUUUCCAUUCCAUUCUGCGAAGAUAUUGAGGUGGAGCAGUUCUUCUGUGAGAUCCCCCAGAUCCUCAAGCUCUCCUGCUCACACUCCUUCCACAUGGAAUUUGGGGCUCUUGUGCUUAGUAUUUGUCUAGUCUUAGGGUGUUUUGUUUUCAUUGUGCUGUCCUACGUGCAGAUCUUCAGAGUUGUGCUGAGGAUCUCCUGUGAGCAGGGCUGCCACAAAGUCUUUUCCACGUGCCUCCCACACAUCUCCGUGGUCUCCCUGUUUGUCAGCAUGGGAUUUUUUGCAGACCUGAAGCCUCCUUCCAUCUCCUCCUCAGCUCUGGAUCUGGUGGUCACUGUUCUGUACUCACUGAACCCCCUCAUCUACAGCAUGAGAAACAAGGAGAUGAGGGGUGCACUGAAGAAACUGAUUCCAAUGGUAUUGAUUCAGCAGCAAUAA